AUGGCGGCGCGCUUGCCGUCCGCCCCGCCGCCCCCGCCCCCGGCGCCGCAGCCGGCCCGCCGGUCCCCGCGCAUCAGGCGGCGCGGAGCCGAGGUGCAAGCCGUGCGCAGCGAGGCCUCGGGUCUGGCGGGCACCGCGAGGGUGGCCGUCGCGGAUGGGAGCCGCUUAAUCUGGAGGGACGAAGAAGGGGCAGGGGGCCGGCGGGCGCCGGGCCGGGCCGGGGCCGCUCUAGCUCCCGUGGCCAGCGCGCCCGCGGACUGCGGGCGGCUGGAGGGCCUCUCCGUGGUGGAGGCGAAUGCGACUCGGACGCAGCUGCUGGAGGAAGAGCUGAGCAGCCUCAGGGAGGAGCUGGCCCUGUGUCAGGCUGACAAAGAAUUUGUAUGGUCUUUGUGGAAACGUCUUCAGACAACAAAUCCAGAUCUCACUCAAACUGUCAGUUUGGUUGUGGAAAGGGAAAAAAAGAAAUCUGAAGCAAAAGACAGAAAAGUUCUGGAAAUUUUACAAGUCAAGGAUGCUAAAAUACAAGAAUUGGAACAGACUGAAUCAUUACUAAAACAGGAAAUAAAUGACCUUGUAAAACUGAAGACUGUGGUUGAUGAAGAAAAUGCUUUCUUAAGGAAAGAGUUCAGUGAUUUACAGAAGAAAUUUAAAGAUAAAAGCCAAGAAGUUAAGGACGCUAAGGAGUGUGUACAGAAUAAAGAAGAAAAAAAUAGACUGCUUAUAAAAAACCUGGAAAAGGAAAAUGAGAAAUUAAGUACACGCUGCACUGACCUGCUAAACGAACUAGAGAAGCUGAAGAACGAGCAAGUACAUUGGAGAAAGGAAAAAUAUAGUAUGGAUGCGAAAGUAAAGGCCCUUGAAAACAAUUUAAUUGAAGCUCAGGAAGAAAUUGCAUUAUCACAGAGUAAAUACGAUGCUCUGUCACUACAGUUGAAUAACAAAGAGACUGAACUUCUCCAAAAAGAUACGGACAUCACAUUGGUCAGGAAGGAACUGCAGGAGCUGCAGAAUCGGUAUAAGCAGAACAGCGCACAUACAGCGCAGCAAGCGGAACUGAUCCAGCAGCUCCAGGUUCUGAACAUGGACACACAGAAAGUGCUCAAGAACCAGGAAGAUGUUCACACAGCUGAAAGCAUAUCAUACCAAAAACUUUAUAAUGAAUUACAUGUUUGUUUUGAAACUACAAAAUCAAAUGAAACUAUGCUCCGGCAAAGUGUUGUUAAUCUUCAGGACCAACUAUUUCAAAAAGAACAGGAAAAUGCAAAAUUAAAAGAAAAACUUCAGGAAUCACAAGGAACACCCUAUCUAUUACUUCAAGAAAGUGAUUCAAACCAUUUAGCAAAGGCACCAUUAUCAAGCUUGGAAACAUUAAUGGUCUCACAGAAGUCUGAAAUCGAGUAUUUACAGAAGAAACUGAAAAUGGCAAAUGAGAAAUUGUUGGAGAAUAGAUCUUGUGACCAGAGUUUCUCAGAGAAGAGUAUUGAAGGAAGACACAAGGAACCACCUGUGAAACGUUCAAGGUCUUUGUCCCCAAAGAACUCUUUCAUGGACUCUGAGGAGCUAAGGAAGCUGAAAAAAGCUGAAAGAAAGAUUGAAAGCUUAGAAAAGACACUACAGCUAAAGAGCCAAGAAAAUGAUGAGCUAAGAGAUGCCCAUGAAAAACGCAAGGAAAGGCUACAGAUGUUGCAAACCAACUACAGAGCAGUAAAAGAGCAAUUAAAACAGUGGGAAGAAGACAGUGGCAUGACUGAAACCAGAAAAGUGAAGCGAGCAGAACCUCACCAACUUCGACAAGAAGAUUCUGAUGCUGUGUGGAAUGAACUGGCAUAUUUCAAAAGAGAAAACCGGGAGUUGUUGGUUCAAAAGAUGAAUCUUCAAGAUGAAUUGGAUGAGCUUAAAGUGCAUAUGUCUAUUGAUAAAACAACAAUACAAGAACUGAACAGGUGCAUGGCAGAGAAAAGAGAAGAACAACUCUUUAGACACCCUGAAGAUGCUGGGGUCAAGAAGAGUACUCCAGAGAAGAAUGAGAAAGCAAUAUCAGAGCAGACAUUAGAGAAGGUCAUUGAGUUGGAAAAUCGGUUAAAAUCUUUUGAGAAAAAGUCAAGAACGUUAAAAGAAGAGAAUAAAAACUUAAAGAAAGAAAACGAUUACCUGAAAUCUCACUUAAAACACUAUCAAGAAGAUUCAGAGGUGAGAGAGAAGGAGCUGGAGCGCCUACUGCAGGUGAGUAAAGAUGUGGAAGACGACAAGAGUGAACUUAAAAUAAAAAUCACUGAUCUGGAGAAGGAAGUCACUACCCUGAGGAGACAAGUGGCAGAGACUAAGGCUUUGACAAAUAAAAAUGAAGAGGUGGAGAGUCCAGAGGGGGAAGAGCACCACCCAACAGACAAAGCUAAAACUGAGGUGGCCACCACAAAUGUGAGAGCCCAGCAGUAUGACUGCAAGACAACCACUACCAAGGUGAAAUUUAGAGCUGCCAAGAAAAUGUGCGCUGUGGGUCGCCACCACACUGUUCUCAAUCACUCCAUCAAGGUUAUGAGCCAUGUUGAGGACCUCAGCAAGGACGGCUGGGAGGAUGUGAGUGAAAGCAGUGAUUCUGAAACACAAACCUCUCAAAAUUUGGGAACAAUUAUUGUGGAAACAUCACAGAAAAUAAGCCCUAUAGAAGAUGGUGGAGAACAGAAGGAAACUGACCAAACAGAAGAGAGCUGUGUUCAACAAAGAGAGAUGCAGACAUCCUCGCAUGGCAAGGCCCUGAAGGAUAUUUCUCAUUAUAAGAAUACCAAGAAAAUGACUCUGCAAAAGAAGAGUGGAAGUGUGCAGAAGAGUUUCUACACAGUGAUUCCUGUCCAAGUUAGCAGAGAAAAGUGCAAAAAUACACCUGCUCAGAAGCCAAGUAGUAACACUAUUUUACUACGAGAACGGAUUACGUCCUUGCAGCAACAGAUUAGCUUGCUUCAGAAUACGAGGAAAGCCGCAGAGGCCUCGGCAAAGGAGUACAAAGAAGCAAAUGAGAAGCUGCUCCAUCAACAGCAGAUAUCCGAUCAACGAUUUCAGACCAGCAGACAGACAAUAAAGAGGCUAAGUCUUGAUUUGGCUGGACUUCGAAAAGAAAAAGAAGAUUUGUUAAAGAAAUUGGAGUCUUCAUCUGACAUCAUGAAUAUGGGAGAAGAAGUUUCUAGAGUAAUGGCCCCACAGUUACAAGUUACCACACUGGGUCCUUCAAGGAGCAUAGAUUUGGAAAUGAAGCAAUUGCAGUGUAAACUAAAGAAUGCAACUAAUGAACUCACUAAACAAUCAUCAAAUGUGAAGUCUCUGAAACUGGAACUCCUAGCAAAAGAAGACCACAUAAAGGAGAUGCAUGAAAAGAUGUCUCGAAUGGAGAGAGAUGUAACCAUGAAAAGACACCUGAUCGAGGACUUGAAAUAUCGACAGAAAGUAAAUUCAGAAAGUAAUGAGAAUUUUAAUGAAUUGUUAGAAAGUCUUGAAAACAAGGUGAAAGCUUUAACUGAAGAAUGUUCCAACAAGAAGGUAUCGAUUGAUUCACUAAAGCAAAGACUUAAUGUUGCGGUGAAAGAAAAGUCACAGUAUGAACAGAUGUAUCAGAAAACUAAAGAGGAGUUAGAAAAAAAGGAUCUCAAACUGAAUUUCCUGAUAUCAAAAAUAAAUGACACAGAAGCAGCUUUGGCGAAGAUUGAGGCAGCAGCAUCUGAGCAGCUCCAAGGCUUAGCCCUGCAGAGUGAACAGGUCCUGGAAGGUGCACAGAAGAAACUGCUGUUAGCCAAUGAAAAAAUAGAGGAGUUCACCAUCUUUGUGAAGUCUUUGGUCAAAGAGUUACAAAGUGAUGUCCAUGGGACAAGAUAUCAAAUCAGAGAGCUUAAGAAGAUGCAGAAAAGCAGACAUGCCUGUAAAAUCUCAACUCAUAAAGCCCAGACCUUGGCAGCUUCUAUCCUGAAUAUUUCACAGUCAGACCUAGAGGAAUUAUUGGACACAGAAAAUGAAGUGGAAAUUGAAAAGACUAAGAUAGAAGCUGAAAAUGACAAAGAAUGGCUGUUGUAUAUUCAGAAACUUCUUGAAGGACAGCUUCCUUUUGCCUCAUAUUUACUAGAAGCAGUAUUGGAGAAAAUAAAUGAAAACAAGAAACUAACAAGGAUAGUUCACAGUUAUGAAAGGCAGUGUUAAAGUCUUAGUAGAUCUGUUUUCAAAUGUGAGGACUUCAUGCACUGUGAUUAUAAACAGUCCAGAUAUAUCUGCUCCAGAUACCAAUGGACAAAUAAAAAGUUGCUGAACAAGUGAAACGAAGUGCGUGGCUGCUGAAAAAGAAAGUCUGGCAUUUGCUUGGUGGAUAUUACAAGUCAAUGCGAACUUAAAAAUGACUUCCCUCCAGUACAUAAGAAGAGACUAGAAAGAGCUUGUUGCAUACAGAUUGGUCUGGGUAUAAAUGAAAAAUACAUGAACAAAGUGUUUAAUAUUCUAAACUUUCUAUGAAAACUAGAUUUUUAUAUAAAACUGUUACUAAUGGCCCGUUGCGACCCAGUGAACAACACAUUUGCAUGGCGAGAAAAUAUAAAGUGAAUUGUCAAAUAUGAAGGAGGAUUAUUGGAAUGAAGCAAAUUGUUGGUUCCAUUGUAUCUAUUUUUGUUGACAUGCUGAGUUAUACAAGAGAUACUGUACUUUUCUCGAACUGUAUAGAACAAAUAAAAACCUUUUUCUCCUCUCUCUCCUUGUACAGUCAUAUAACUCAACAAAAGCCAGAACUCCAGUGUCUAAUGUUGGGCUAGACCUAGCAGAGCUCCUACCAUUGAUUUGCAAUGCCCUCUCACCAUGACGAGAACAUUGUAUCUGUUUUCUGAACAUUCCCCUCAUUGCACUUCCUCCCUGAGUUCUUGUCACACACCCUUGGCGCCUCUGAGUCACUGAGCUUCGUCGUCUACACCUGCUUUUGGUGUCUUGCCCUUGUAGAAUACUCUGUGUGUAACUUUACUCAUGCCUGUCUUCGCGUUAUUUAGAUUCACUGUACCAGUUCCCUCAUAGAUAUAGUCCCUGAAUACUUUACUAUUUACCAUGAAAGUAUCUGUUUUUAAUAUGAUCACUUCUUUGUUUUAUGAUUUAUUUUCAUUUCCUGCUUUAGAAUGUAGAUUCCAUGAGAUUAAAGUAGGUGUUGGCAAAUUAAGGUCCAUAGCCAGUUCUGGCCUGCAGUCUACUUUUAUAUGGUCCACAGACUAAUUUUUUUUUUUUACUUUAUUAAACUGUUUUAAAACAAA